UAGAUAGAUGUUUUUGGCACUAUUCCUCCCUCUGUCUUGUACUGCGUAACCUUGCUUACUGUUUGAUUAAUUCUGUCUCAUCAUUCUCUGUCCUUCCUCUCUCUCCUGUCUCUGUAAACAGCACCAGUAAUUAUAAAAAAUGAACAAAUGAAUGUCGUACUAAUAGAGUUUCAUUAUGUUAAUAUGCUGUAUGCCGCUGGGUGUAUAAAAGACAGUCUGUCCCUCAUUCAGACACACACCUGCAGCAAACCUGUUGUUUGAAGGUUACAGAUUGUCUCUUUUUUUUCUGGAAUCCGGGGUUUUUAUAAAUAUUUAUAAACAGCAACUGUUCUCUUAUAAGAUGCAGACGAGUUGUGCUUUACUCUGUAUCUCGCUCUGUGUCUUUACUGCACAUCUGUCAAGUAUCCAUGGCAUGACCCUCACGAAUCCAGAGAAAAAGGGAUGGACUCUGAACAGUGCUGGGUACCUGCUAGGACCUUAUGCUCACAGAAGUCUUAAUGUAAGACACAGAGCUACGGGCAAAAGAGACAUGUGGAAUGAAAGUUCAAGUUUACCAGCAUCUUCAUACGAUGAUUCCUAUUUUCUCUCACUGCUGGGUCAUCUUGCAUAUCUGCGAUUAAAAGAAAUGGGAAUGACUGAAGAUUUCAGUGGCUCUGUAUUGAGUGGCCAUAUGAAGCAAUAACAAAAUAUCAGUUGCCCUCUAAUACUGUUUUGCAUUUGAUCCUUUUAUUCAUUAUUUAAAAUGUCUUAACAUUGGUAAAAUGCGUAGACUGAUAUCCCAUGAAUCAUGCUGAAUUGACUCAUCUCUCCACUUUAUUAUUCAGCCAUUGUUGGUGCAUAAUUUUCUGCUUCAGAGUUCA